CAUUUGGUCAACUUAUGCGACCAUCGAGAAAAUUUUUUCAUCUAUAUAUACUUAGGAAUGCGAAAGAGAGACUACACAAUAACGAGGAUCAGAAUGAGUUCCUUGAAGCCUCUAGUCCUCGCUGUUCUUAUUAUCUCUUCCUUCGCUUUGGUUGCGGAGAGCCGGGUCUCCAGGAUGGACCUUGGCAUAGGCCUGGGACUUGGCCUUGGACUUGGUAUUGGCGUUGGAGGUGGUGGUUCCGGCUCCGGCUCCGGCUCCGGUUCCGGCUCUGGCUCGGGAUCUGGUUCUGGAGCUAGUUCUUCUGCAGGCUCGGGUGCCAGUUCUUCUGCAGGGUCCGGCUCGGGAUCUGGUGCCAGUUCGUCCGCAGGUUCGGGUGCCAGUUCUUAUGCAGGUUCGGGUGGGAACUCGGGUUCGGGUGGAGGCUAUGGGGAAGGUCAUGGAUAUGGGUCUGGUGGUGGUGGAAACGGCAACUAAGAUAGUAAAAUUACGUACUUGUGCUGUACCAACUUAAUGUUAUUAUACAUAUAAAUAAGGAGAUGGUGAACAAGAAUGCUCAUGUUUUCAUCUAUAAUUUUUUCCUCUUCAGCUGCUUUUCUUUAGUAUUAGCAAGGCCGAGAAGAAAAUAAUGGAUGGUAUAUUGGAAUUUCGAGUUUGCGUGGCACAAAUAAGCUGGCCAAAUAAUUAUUGCUUCAAAGAAUAAAUGAUAUCCAAUGUUUUAAA